AUGAUUAAACAACAGCAACCACAGCAACUUAAGGCACAGACCAUUACAUACGCCAUAUAUGCAUAUAAUUCAAAGACGGCAGAACAAACGCAAAUGUUGAAAUAUGGAGAUUUGGAGAUAGUAUUGAAAAAUGACCAUUUCGAAUUCGUUUGCAAAGGUGGUGCAGUGAUAUCAAAUAUAAAAGAAAUUUUAUUUAUGAAUUCAAAAAUUAAAGGAAUAACGGAUGAUAUAACAUCAAUUCCACCAGAAGAACAAAGAUAUUACGCAUUAAAUGCAUUUCCUAAAGUUUUGAAGAUUGGAAGAUUUAAUUUAAAUGAGGAAUUCAUAAAAGGUUUCCUAAAUGACAUAAUGAAGAAGGCAGAUAAGGAAUAUGUGGUUAGUGAGUUAGAGAAGAAAGCAGAUAAGGAAUAUGUGGUUAGUGAGUUAAUGAAGAAGGCAGAUAAGGAAUAUGUUAAUGAAAAAGAUAAUGAAAUUAUAGAAAGGGUUGAAUGGUAUCAUGAAUGGACAUCAAAGAUUUUAAAAACUAAAGCCGAUACAGGAUGGGUUUCAGGAUGUUUAGACCUUAAAGCAGAUAAAACUUAUGUUAACAAUGAGUUAAUGAAGAAGGCAGAUAAGGAAUAUGUGGAUGAAAUAUACCAAAGUUUGAUAGGAACAACUAAAAAUAUUGAAACUAUUGUUGGUGACUUUUCUGUCAAUGAAGAAAAUAAAUAUUUUAGAUGGCAGUUUGUACAGUCCUUAAGAAAUGGUAUGCGGUGUAAACUCAUUCCGAAAAAUAACAAUGAAAUGUAUGUAAGCUAUAUAAAGAAUGAUGGUACACAAGUUAAAGUUCCAUUAGACAACAACUGUUACUUAAACUUAUAUGGAGACGAACAAAAGAAAUAUUUAAGAGUUUAUGAAAUGACAGAUAUGACAUUGUCUAACCUAGCUCCAGCACCAUAUUAUUAUGACUAUGGAGAUGAUGUCAGAACACCACAUGUAGAUGAACAAAAGCUAACAUUAUAUUUAGAUUAUUAUAGAUAUAAAAGAUAUAAUGCAAUAGAAAAAACAAGAAUAGUAUAUUAUUAUAUAGAUGACAAAAAUAAAUAUUAUAGUCAAGAUUUUACCUACCCUGAAAACAUAAGAUUAUAUUAUAAAAAAUAUUCCGACACAAACCAGAAGAAACCUGAAAUAGUUGCACUAUAUUUUAAGUUCAAAAUAGACAAUCCUAUAUUAUCUCAUAUGUUUGAUUUAAUGAACCCAGUAGGUUCUAUUUAUACAUCUAUGGAUGCAAGAGGUCCUCAAGUAAUGUUUGGUGUUGGUGCAUGGGAACAAAUAGUUGACAGGUUUUUGUAUUGUGCAAACUCUUCAAAGGAAAUGGGUGGAAGUAAAACGAUUACAGGUGAAAAUUUACCUGCACAUAGUCACUACAUAGAUUUAAGUACAUCUCAAGCGGGUUGGCAUAAGCAUAGAUAUUGGGAUUGGUCAGGAAUGAUAAAAGGUAAAGGAUAUGAUGUUAAAGACAACGUUAAGUUUGCUAUAGAUUGUUACUGGAGUAACACUGAGGGAGGAGGAAACCAUACACAUCGCGUUUCAGGAUAUACACAAACAACGGGACAAAGUAAAGAUUACAUGCCGCCAUUUAUGACAGUUUACGCAUGGUAUAGGGUUCAAUGA